AACCACAGGGGAAGGAAAAGAGGGAGGAGAGAAAACGAUGAACAGAGACGGGGAGGGAGAAAAGAGAGAGAGAGAGAAAGAGAGAGCGUACGGAAGGGUAUAUUGACUCAGAGCUGGUCUGCAUGCUCCACAGAGUGUGAGAGACAGAGGAUGUGAAAGCAGGCAAGAUGGAGCACUGGCACAGAUGAAGACUGUCCCUGGGUAGGUGGACGGCUGUCUCCUUAAGUGGGUGCGUGCGUGUCUGGAAAUUCCCGCUUGACAGUCCAGAUGAGUCUCUCAAAGCCCCCGCCACCACCCUCUACCUCCCACCUGGCUAUCCCCCCCGCCUCCACGCCCAGCCCUUCCUCGUCUGCCACCUCCCCCUCGUCUACGCCCCACUCGGCAGCUCCUCCUCCACCCUCGCCAGUCAAGAUCUCUAUGCAGGAGCAUUUUGCCAUCAAUGUGUGCCCGGGGCCCAUCCUCCCCAUCCCACAGAUCUCAGACUUCUUUCCCCGUUUUCACGACUACCCCUGCACUCCGCCGCCGCCCAGGGAGAAGAAGAUCCUAAAGGAGGAGACGUUCAACGGGGAGACGGGUGGAGGGUUCAAGGAUGGAGAGAGGAGAGGGGAGAACGACGGAGACAGGGAGGAGGUGUUCGACUCGGAUGACGAUGACACCUACCUGGGAACGCUGGAGUUCAGCCUGCUCUUUGAUCAAGAGAACAACUGCCUUCACUGCACCAUUCACAAGGCAAAGGGUCUGAAAGCAAUGGACUCCAACGGGCUGGCAGAUCCAUACGUCAAGCUCCAUCUUCUCCCAGGAGCCAGCAAGGCAAACAAGCUACGCACAAAAACUCUGAAAAACACCCUGAACCCAGUGUGGAAUGAAACGUUGGUGUAUCAUGGGAUCACAGGAGCUGACAUGACCACCAAAACGCUCAGGCUGUGUGUGUGCGACAUGGACAGACUUGGACGAAAUGAGUUCAUUGGGGAGGUGAGAGUGGCCCUGAAGAAACUGAAAGAGGGUGAAAACAAACGCUACAACAUGGGCCUGGAGAGAAUCGCACAGAAUAAGGAAACCAACAAUCAGCUGGUGGAGCAGGGAGCAGUCGUGGCAGAGGAAGAGCGUGGACGCAUCCUGGUGUCACUGUGCUAUAACACAGAGAAGGGCUGCCUGCUGGUUGGGAUCAUACGCUGUGCCCAUCUGGCCGCUAUGGACUCCAACGGCUACUCUGACCCAUUUGUCAAAAUCAUCUUGCAGCCAGACAUGGGGAAAAAGUCCAAGUACAAGACAUCAGUGAAGAAAAAGACUCUCAAUCCUGAAUUUAAUGAGGAAUUUUCAUAUGAAGUAACCUUGGACCAGCUGGCAAAGAAAACUCUGGAGAUCUCCGUGUGGGACUAUGACUUGGGAAUGAGUAACGACUUCAUAGGCGGAGUGGAGCUGGGCAUCAAUGCAAGCGGACAGAGACUUAGACACUGGUUCGAGUGUCUCAAAAACAAAGGGAAGAAAGUUGAAUACUGGCACACGCUCACGCAGCAAGGUGCCCCGAGCAGCGACAAGCCGGACUAGAUUACUCAAGACUUUCUCGCAGACAAAGGCACACCCACAAGCACAGAUGCGUUUGUCUCACUUGAACAACGGUUGACAAGAGUCCAACAGCAGCAGCAGCGACCUGAACAAAGAAUAAAAGAUGCAAUAAUAAUAAUAUCAUUACAAAUCUAAAUUGUCAUGUGUUGCCACUAACUGAGGCACAACGUAUUAGAAUAUAUUCAUACUAAUCUCAGUGAUGGUGACAAGGUGUAAUAUAAAUCUAUUUAUUUUUCAAGGUAAACUAAAUUGUGAUGAUGUCCUCACUGAAGUGUUGCCAUUACACUGAAAGUUGUGUGUAGAUCUCACCUUAUUGUGGAAGUCGAACAUUUUCAUCCAAAUUUACACCUAACAGAUCCAUCCGAGGCUCAUUCGGUUAAAGUGCCCAGCUAUUUGUACACCCUUGUGACUUCUAAUGUGGUACAUAGUUACAGGAGUUUCAGAAUGUUGUUGAAACGUCUCUAACUUAAAGUAGUUGUCGCGAUCUGAUGCAAAAUAAGACACCGUAUUAUUACUGUAAAGCACAAGAUGAUCCAUUCGGUGGAUUCGUACCUUUACCUUUUCUGUGUUAUGUCUUUGCGUUAUUUGUCUGUGGCAGUGGUGUUUUAUCACCUAUGUGUCAGGCAGUAAUGUGUCAGCAUUAUAUGUGUGUGUUUGCGUGUGUGUGUGCGUGGGUGUGUGUGUGUGGGGGGGAGUUUUGACAAUACGAGUGCCUACAUUUUCUGUAUGUGCAACAUGUGUCUGUCUGUAUUCUCCUCACGGCCCAUUCAGAAUUCUUCUAUUCGACGUCAGGCGCACCCAGGUGUGAAGAAAUAUUGACAAAACGGCAAGAAUGGUUUAUUCAGUGGAGAAAUUAUCUGUAACCACCUCAGGCCACAGUGUUGUGGCUGCGGGAUAGUGACAAAAAACUGUCAGCGGUGUGAGCCUGAGAAAGAAAACACAAAAUCUUAAUGUUCCUUUUUCCAGUUUUGUUAAUGAGAAGCAGACAUCUCAUUUUGCUUUCGGAUGUAUUGCUUGUUACAGAACUACUGAAGCAAAUUUCAGCCAGAUUAAAGACAAUUUACCGUUUUGCAGUGAUUCUGGUUCUGCUCUAAUAAAACGCAAUGGUGACGCAACAUUUUCUUUAAGCAGGGAAUGUUACUAUUUUUCAUUGAUAAAAACAGCUAUCAGACUGUGCAGUUUCUUUUGACCAAGACUAAACAUAUCUUUUAAUCCACUGCUGCAUGCUUUCCUGCUAUAGACAUUUGCCUGAAUCUUAGAAUCUUAGAUGCAUUGAUCCUGUAGGUAGUGAUAUCCUUGUCUCUCAAACUUCAUUAUUUACUGAGAAUCUCUGUGCAGUUUACAGGCUAACAGAACAGAGUUCCCUCUUAUGAUUUAAUCUCAGUUAGAAAUUGGUCAGUUAUUGCUAUCAAUGUGUACCAACCUUUUGAAUGCUUUAUAAACACAAAGUUUUUCCGUGAUAUCACUUCCAAGGUUUAAAAUCUACUCAGCUGGCUUACAGAAGGCGGCUAGUACACAAAGGCCAGUUCAGCUAGAGACACAGACUGUCAAGUCAAGGUGGCACUACUGAAAAUACAGCUAGCAAGCUACUUGCUGAUUGGCUAGUUUUAAAACUUGUUUUCCAACAAUACAAUUCUUUUUUUUAAAUCUUUGCAUCGCAACUUUUAUACAAUACAAUUGUGGUACUGUCAAUGAACUUAGACCUUGUCACACUAACCUGUAUAUUAGCAAAAAGGUAACAUCAUUUCUUUCAAAAGAACAGAGAUUUUUGUCAGAAACUAAUUUUUAGAAACACUUGUAAAAAAAAAAAAACUAUGCUUUUAAGACAUUUUCAUCCUGGCGCACAACUAAAUAGAAGCUACGAUUGUUUUUACACUAAUUUAGUAAUCCUCAAGAUCCUUUUUUUAUUUAUAUUUUAAUGAUGUCUGCAUUAACUGACAUUGCUGAUGUGGCACAUGUAACACAACACUCUUUAAUUAGAAUGACAUGUCAAUUUUUUCUUAUUUAUUACAAAAUAACUAAAAUGGUGUUGAUGAAGCCUCACAUCCAGAUUUCUGACAAGUUACAAAACUUUUCACACGACCAUCUCUACAUGCAUGGUAUGCAGAUGUCUAAAAAUAAAUCUACAUUUGUGUCUGUAUAAAAUUGUCCCUUGAUUGUCUUAAUCUUACCAGGAUAUCGAAUGCCCACCUUCACUGUCAUGUAAUCUUUGGUCAUACAAAAGAACACAGUCGGUCGGUUGCCUCUGGGAGAUUGCUAACUGAUAAUCGAUCCAGCUGCUCAUAUCCUGUCAUGUCCUUCAACAACCUUGGGAUCCUUCAGUGUUUUUGUUGUGUUCAACCUAUAAAAAAGGGCUUGGGUAUUAUGAAGAUUUAGGAGGCUUAACCAAAUAUUCAAUUACAUCUUUUAAUAACUUUAGGAACUGGAUUAGGCAAAUCUGGGCGGGUUUGUUGUGUAUUUUCUCUAUGCACAUUUAACGUCUCAGCACGUCAGCAGUGAGAUAAUCAACCCAAACAGCAAGCUCAUGUUAUUUCUGGGAAUACUCUGCACUUCGUUUACUCUGAGGCUGGGUAAUGGAGAUCAAAUGAAGUUCACGUUUCUGGCCGGAUGGUUGCUUAUUUUUGUGCAUCUCUGGCUCUGUUGUUUACAGUCGCAGUAUUUUCCGGCUCUUGUCUAUUGACCUCUGCUUUGCUUGCGUAAUCAUUUAUCUGCAAUACAGCUGCAUGUUUAGGAAUUGCCAUCAGCUUGCAUAAUAGAGUGCGACUCCGACUAAUCUUUCUGAAUACUGAUGUGUUUACAGUCUGUGCCAUCCAUGCGGUGUGUGUUUGUGAAUAAAAUUAUUCAGGGUAAUUUUUGCUCAGUUGCUGUGCUCAACAAAGCAAGCUUUUGCUUUUAAAAAAUCUUUUACUGUCACAGACUUUAACACUUGUCUUCCUUGAAUUGAAAACAGUGGUGAUUAUGCAGGAGGGCUGACGAGGGAAUGCGAUGUGGAGUCCCUGUGUAUUUAUUGUCAUUGUCAAUCCCACAGUAUGGCUGCCAUCCUGUGUUGGGUUUGUGUAACUACUUCGCAAAAUAAACUGAAACUGUUUCAGUGGUCUUCUGUCUUGCUUUGAAUGUCACAUUGGCCUUUUAUUCAAUCAGCUAAAGGGACACUUAAAAAUUUCUAAGUGGGUUUUUGCUAAAAGGGUUUUAAUUUAACUCUUUCCUUCGGUAGACUCCUUCCUGUCUUAGAUUAGUAUAAUUGUUCCAAGGUGAUGAGUUAGUACAAGAGUGGUGAAAAACAAAACAGGUAUGUUGUGACUCUUUUACGUCUGUUUAAACCUUCAUUUCAAAAUGACUUCAUCUUUUAUUUUACUAAAAGUUUAGUCGAUUAGAAGACUGAAAAAAAUCUGCUUGUCAAAACUCGACUAAAAGUAAAAUAACAGAGUAGCUAAAUUAUAAUUUAAGCUACAUUACAAUAUGCUGUCCAGAUUACCCUGCUCUCUAGAAAUCUCUGAGUGUUUUUAGUUAGCAUAACUCUGGAUUAAUUGGUCCUGGAAGCUAACACUAGCAGCUAGGCCAAUGGGUACUGUU